GCUCCAUCUCAUCACGCCAUCGCUAUCACACACACACACAAACGCACAUACACAUAGCUUAGCUACAUGCUUAGCGUCAAAACCUCAUCCCUUCAUCUGGCUGUAUAUCCUGCCUCCUCAUUCGCAUCCUAUCCUCAGCAUCACUCUCUUUUUUCUAAACUCACACACACACACACACACACAAAAACACUCUUACGCAUACUUUUACAUGUGCACAUGUGGUGUUGUGACUGACGAUGAUGAUGUCUGGCAGUCAAACUUAUACGAAUGUAAAUGGCUGCUUCAAAAAAAAUAUGCAGUAUAUGUGUGUGUGAGUGUGUGUGUGUGAGUGUGGCACACAAGGCAGUAGUAAUAACAAUAAUAGUAAUAACAGUAUGAUGAAUAUUAAAGAAAGCAACUAAUACUAGUAAUUCUAAGCAUCAAUGUAGUAGUUUUACUAGUUGUAUAAAUAAGUACUGCUUUGUUCUGAAACAGGGAAAUAAUAAUAGUAUUUCUUAUUUUUAAUAUUAUGAUGUUAAUACAUUUGUAACAAAAAGAAAAAAACAACAACAACAAUAAUAAUAAUAAUAAUAAUAAUAUGAGAAAACUGUCUAACUAAUAAAUACUAUCAUUACAAUUCUUGUUACUAUUAUCUAUUCAUCAUAAAAAUCAAACAAUAAUAAAACAUUAAUUAAACAUAAAAAAAAAAAAACAUUAAUGGUGGUAACAGUAAUGGAGUAACAGUACUAACAGUAACAGUAGUAAUAAUGACAGAAAAUGUAUUUGUAACAGUACUGACAGUAACAGUAGUAAUAAUGACCGUAACUUUGAUUGUAACAGUACUGACAGUAACAGUAGUAAUAAUGACCGUAACUUUAAUUGUAACAGUACUGACAGUAACAGUAGUAAUAAUGACAGUAACAAUAGUAAUAACGACAGUACUGGCAGGAACAGAAGAAGUAACGACAGUACUGAGAGUAACAGUAGUAAUAAUGACUAACGGCAAUGUUUACAGUACUGACAAUAACAGUAGUAAUGAUGACAGUAACUGUAAUAGUAACAGUACUGGCAGUAACAGAAGUAAUAACGACAAUACUGGCAGUUGCUGCUGCUGCUGUUUCUUUCGGCUUCUCCCGUUAGGGGUCGCCACAGCGGACCAACGACAAUACUGGCAGUAACAGUAGCAAUAACAACAGCAACAGUAGUAAUAUUGACAGUACUGAUAGUAACAGUAGUAAUAAUGACAGUAACUGUAAUUGUAACAGUAGUUGCAGUAGCAGUAGUGAUAAUGACAAAUGGCAAUUUUUACAGUACUGCCAAUAACAGUAGUAAUGAUAACAGUAACUGUAAUUGUAACAAUUCUGGCAGGAACAGAAAUAAUAACGACAAUACUGGCAGUAACAGUAGUAAUAAUGACAGUAACUGUAAUUGUAACAGUACUGGCAGGAACAGUAGUAAUAACAACAGUACUGGCCGUAACAGUAGUAAAUAAGAGUGUCUGUAAUUGUUACAGCACUGAGAGUAACAGUAGUAAUAAUUACAGAAAAAGUAGUGAUAAUGACAGUAACAGUAGUGAUAAUGGCAGUAACAGUAGUAAUAAUGACAGUAACAGUAGUGAUAAUGGCAGUAACAGUAGUGAUAAUGACAGUAACAGUACUGAUAAUAGCAGUAACAGUAGUAAUAAUGACAGCAACAGUAGUGAUGAUUACAGUAACAGUAGUAAUAAUGACAGUAAUAGUAGUGAUAAUGACAUGAUAAUGACUACUAAUGACAGUAGUGAUAAUGGCAGUAACAGUAGUGAUAAUGGCAGAAACAGUAGUGAUAAUGACAGUAACAGUACUGAUAAUAGCAGUAACAGUAGUAAUAAUGACAGUAACAGUAGUGAUAAUGACAGUAACAGUAGUAACAAUGACAGUAACAGUAGUGAUAAUGACAGUAACAGUAGUGAUAAUUACAGUAACAGUAGUAAUAAUGACAGUAAAAGUAGUGAUAAUGACAGCAACAGUAGUGAUAAUUAUAGUAACAGUAGUAAUAAUGACAGUAACAGUAGUGAUAAUGACAGUAACAGUAGUGAUAAUUACAGUAACAGUAGUAAUAAUGACAGUAACAGUAGUGAUAAUUACAGUAACAGUAGUAAUGAUGACAGUAACAGUAGUGAUAAUGACAGUGAUAAUGACAGUAGUAACUGUAAUAGUAACAGUACUGACAGUAACAGUAAUAAUGACAGUAACAGUAGUGAUAAUGACAGUAACAGUAGUGAUAAUGACAGUAACAGUAGUAACAAUGACAGUAACAGUAGUGAUAAUGACAGUAACAGUAGUGAUAAUGACGGUAACAGUAGUAAUAACAGUAACAGUAGUGAUAAUGACAGUAAAAGUAGUGAUAAUGGCAGAAACAGUAGUGAUAAUGACAGUAACAGUAGUGAUAAUGACAGUAACAGUAGUGAUAAUGACAGCAACAGUAGUGAUAAUUACAGUAACAGUAGUAAUGAUGACAGUAACAGUAGUGAUAAUGACAGCAGUAACAGUAGUGAUAAUGGCAGAAACAGUAGUGAUAAUGACAGUAACAGUACUGAUAAUAGCAGUAACAGUAGUAAUAACAGUAACAGUAGUGAUAAUGACAGUAACAGUAGUAACAAUGACAGUAACAGUAGUGAUAAUGACAGUAACAGUAGUGAUAAUUACAGUAACAGUAGUAAUAAUGACAGUAAUAGUAGUGAUAAUGACAGCAACAGUAGUGAUAAUUAUAGUAACAGUAGUAAUAAUGACAGUAACAGUAGUGAUAAUGACAGUAACAGUAGUGAUAAUUACAGUAACAGUAGUAAUGAUGACAGUAAUAGUAGUGAUAAUGACAGUAACAGUAGUGAUAAUUACAGUAACAGUAGUGAUAAUUACAGUAAAAGUAGUAAUAAUGACAGUAACAGUAGUGAUAAUGACAGUAAUAGUAGUGAUAAUUACAGUAACAGUAGUAAUAAUGACAGUAAUAGUAGUGAUACUGACAGCAACAGUAGUGAUAAUUACAGUAACAGUAGUAAUAAUGACAGUAAUAGUAGUGAUAAUUACAGUAACAGUAGUGAUAAUGACAGUAAUAGUAGUGAUAAUGACAGCAACAGUAGUGAUAAUUACAGUAACAGUAGUAAUAAUGACAGUAAUAGUAGUGAUAGCAGUAACAGUAGUGAUAAUGGCAGAAACAGUAGUGAUAAUGGCAGAAACAGUAGUGAUAAUGACAGUAAUAGUGAUAAUGACAGUAACAGUAGUGAUGAUGACAGUAACAGUAGUGAUAAUGACAGUAAUAGUAGUGAUAAUGACAGUAAUAGUAGUGAUAAUGGCAGAAACAGUAGUGAUAAUGGCAGAAACAGUAGUGAUAAUGACAGUAACAGUAGUGAUAAUGGCAAUAACAGUAGUGAUGAUGACAGUAACAGUAGUGAUAAUUACAGUAACAGUAGUAAUAAUGACAGUAAUAGUUGUAAUAAUGACAGUAACAGUAGUGAUAAUGACAGUAACAGUAGUGAUAAUGACAGUAAUAGUAGUGAUAAUGGCAAUAACAGUAGUGAUAAUGACAGUAAUAGUAGUGAUGAUGACAGUAACAGUAGUGAUAAUGACAGUAACAGUAGUGAUAAUGACAGUAAUAGUAGUGAUGACAGUAACAGUAGUAAUAAUGACAGUAACAGUAGUGAUAAUGACAGUAACAGUAGUGAUAAUUACAGUAACAGUAGUAAUAAUGACAGUAACAGUAGUGAUAAUGACAGUAACAGUAGUAAUAAUGACAGUAACAGUAGUGAUAAUGACAGUAACAGUAGUGAUAAUUACAGUAACAGUAGUAAUAAUGACAGUAACAGUAGUAAUAAUGACAGUAACAGUAGUGAUAAUGACAGUAAUAGUAGUGAUGAUGACAGUAACAGUAGUAAUAAUGACAGUAACAGUAGUGAUAAUGACAGUAACAGUAGUAAUAAUGACAGUAACAGUAGUGAUAAUGACAGUAACAGUAGUGAUAAUUACAGUAACAGUAGUAAUAAUGACAGUAACAGUAGUGAUAAUGACAGUAUCAGUCUCACUAUAAGCACCUUCAGAAAAAUGCAGCUGUACUGUUUCUUUCUUUCUUUCUUUCUUUCUUUCUUUCUUUCUUUCUUUCUUUCUUUCUUUCUUUCUUUCUUUCUUUCCUUCUUUCUCUCUUAUUUACUUGCUUAUUUUCCUCUCCCUUUUUAAAAUUAUUUUUCUCUUGUUAUUAACCCCUCCUUUCUCUCUCUCUCUCUCUCUCUCUCUCUCUCUCUCUCUCUCUCUCUCUCUCUCUCUCUCUUUACUUCCUCUGUUUACACUCCACCCAACACCCUUUAUUUUCCUUCUUUUCCUCUCCAUCAGCUGUCUGUCUUUCUCUUUCACCUGAUUUUAUUGCCCCUUUCCUUCCUGUCUGUAAUUCUGUUCAUGUCUGAUCACUUUUCACAUUCAUUUUUAUUCCUUAUGUCUCACUGUCUCUCACUGUCUCUCUCUCUCUCUCUC